GCACCGCAGAUCCGAGGGAGGGGUCACGAACUCUGACCCCCCCCAAAUACACAAACCCAGAAAGCUCCCUCCCCCCCGCAAUUUCCAUUGCGGGGCGCCCCCCGUCACCCCGACUCCAGUCUUCUCCAACCCGUCUCCCCGGGGAGACCCCCUCCCCCCGCCCUCCUCCCUCCCCCGCCGCGGCCGGCGCCGCCGGGGACGGUCGGCUCUACGGCUCGCAGCGCGGCGGAGCAGCGCCGGACAUUUUGGCAUUUAGAUCAUGGCUACCAUAGAAGAAAUUGCACAUCAAAUAAUUGAACAACAGAUGGGAGAGAUUGUUACUGAGCAGCAAACUGGCCAGAAAAUCCAGAUCGUGACCGCUCUUGAUCAUAAUACACAAGGCAAGCAGUUCAUUCUAACAAAUCACGAUGGAUCUACUCCAAGCAAAGUCAUUCUAGCCAGACAAGAUUCCACUACUCCAGGAAAGGUUUUCCUCACAACCCCAGAUGCAGCAGGCGUCAACCAGUUAUUUUUUACAACUCCUGAUCUAUCUGCACAACACCUCCAACUCUUGACAGAUAAUUCUUCUCCGGACCAAGGACCAAAUAAGGUUUUUGAUCUUUGUGUAGUAUGUGGAGACAGAGCAUCAGGACGUCAUUAUGGAGCAGUAACAUGUGAAGGGUGCAAAGGAUUUUUUAAAAGAAGCAUUCGAAAAAAUUUAGUUUAUUCAUGCCGAGGAUCAAAGGAUUGUAUUAUUAAUAAACAUCAUCGAAAUCGUUGUCAGUACUGCAGAUUACAGAGAUGUAUUGCCUUUGGAAUGAAACAAGACUCUGUUCAGUGUGAAAGAAAACCCAUUGAAGUGUCCAGAGAAAAAUCUUCCAGCUGUGCUGCUUCAACAGAAAAAAUUUAUAUAAGAAAGGAUCUUCGGAGCCCACUAGCUGCAACUCCAACUUUUGUAACAGAUAGUGAAACUGUGAGGUCAGGAGGACUCUUAGAUUCAGGAAUGUUUGUGAAUAUUCAUCAGUCUGGAAUAAAAACUGAAUCAGCUAUGCUGAUGACACCAGAUAAGGCUGAAUCAUGUCAAGGAGAUUUAAGUACUUUGGCUAGUGUGGUUACAUCAUUAGCAAAUCUUGGAAAAUCAAAAGAACUGUCUCAAAAUAGUAAUGAAAUGUCUGUGGUUGAAAACUUAAGCAAUGGUGAUACCUCUAUAUGUGAAUUUCAUCAAGACCUGCAGUCUAAUGGUGAUGUUUCAAGGGCAUUUGACACUCUUGCAAAAGCAUUGAAUCCUGGAGAGAGCACAGCCUGUCAGAGCUCAGUAGAGGGCAUGGAAGGAAGCGUACACCUAAUUGCUGGAGAUUCGAGCAUAAAUUACAUCGAAAAAGAGGGGCCACUUCUCAGCGAUUCACAUGUAGCUUUCAGGCUCACCAUGCCUACUCCGAUGCCUGAGGACCUGAAUGUGCACUACAUUGGCGAAUCUGCCUCCAGGCUGCUGUUCUUAUCAAUGCACUGGGCACUUUCAAUCCCUUCCUUCCAAGCUCUAGGGCAAGAGAACAGCAUAUCAUUGGUGAAAGCUUAUUGGAAUGAACUUUUCACUCUUGGUCUUGCCCAGUGCUGGCAGGUGAUGAAUGUGGCAACUAUAUUAGCAACAUUUGUCAAUUGUCUUCAUAGUAGUCUUCAACAAGACAAAAUGUCAUCUGAAAGAAGAAAAUUAUUAAUGGAGCAUAUCUUCAAGCUACAGGAAUUUUGUAAUAGCAUGGUUAAACUCUGCAUUGAUGGAUAUGAAUAUGCCUACCUGAAGGCAAUAGUACUCUUCAGUCCAGAUCACCCAGGAUUAGAAAACAUGGAACAGAUUGAGAAAUUUCAGGAAAAGGCUUACGUGGAAUUCCAAGAUUAUAUAACUAAAACAUAUCCAGAUGACACCUACAGGUUGUCUAGACUUCUACUCAGACUACCAGCUUUGAGAUUAAUGAAUGCUACCAUCACUGAAGAAUUGUUUUUCAAAGGUCUCAUUGGCAAUGUACGAAUCGAUAGUGUCAUCCCACAUAUUUUAAAAAUGGAACCUGCAGAUUAUAAUUCACAAAUAAUUGGUCACAGUAUUUGAAAGCUGAGGUCUCAGUGUAAAUUUAUUGUUCUUUCCCAGAACACAUGAUACCAAAUUGAACUCAUUUUUUUCCAGGGCACCAGGAAAGUUCAACUUUCAAGAUUAACCAAAAGCUAGCUAUUUUUUUAAUUUCAACGUCUUUAAGUUGAAACAGGAAUUUCCUAAGUGACUGGGCAGAUAGCAGGAAUUAGAAUAUCCGUUUCUUUUUUAAGUGAAUAAGAAAUACUAUGAAUUUAUUCUUGCUUAAGAUGAUACCUAAAGCCAACACUCUUCUCUAAACUAAGAUCUCAUUAUAUUUUAUAAAAUAAAUCAGUCUUCCCCCACCCCACACCCUGCUGAAUUGUCUUCUAUUCAUAUUUAACUGCAUUAUGAUGAACUGGUAUAAACACUUAAUCAUUGGAAAUCUCUAAGGGGAUUUCCUUACAUUUUACUGUUCAAUUAUAUGUUAUAAUUACCAUGUCAGAAAUGAUUAUUUUAUUCUCAGCAGUAAAAUAAUAACAUUAGAAAUAUAGGAAAUAAUAAUUGAGUAUAUUUUUGUCUUUUGUAAAUACCAUGGCAUCUCAGAAUAUACCAACCACUCUCAUUGCUGGCAAUGAGACUCAGUCAUUUGUGAUCUUAAAGAUUGACUCUUUUAUAGUGUUGUAUAUUAUUAGUUAAAAGCACUUUUUAUUUAUGUAUGUAGCAAAAAUUGAAAGUAAGAUACAAUUCAUGUUUUAAUAUUUUUUGUUUACUACUGUGUUUUAAAAGUAGAGACUGAUUGAAACCAAAAUGUUUCAGUAUUUCAAAAUAGAUAUUAAAAUUGUUGCUCUUCCAUUCCACAAAAAAGCAUUUGGCCUUUCUUCCUCAUUCCAACCUGCAUUUUCACUUCCUAACCCUUCCAUGGGUUUAAGCAAGUUUCUUGUGGGUCAGUUGUUAAAAAAUAUUCAUUUGUUAAGUAGUCAUUAUGCUUUCAAGGUGAGUUAUUUAAACCAAAUGGUUAUUUUACUGAAGUUUUAAAGAUAUAUGGUAAUAUGCACUCAUUUUCUGAGGGGCUGUUUCAGUAGUAUAACAUCAGUGUAAAACCUUUUUGUCACCACAAAGACAUUUUAUUAAGAAUCCUUGGAUGUCGUCCACAGCCAUAUUUUUUCUUGGUGAACUUACUGCUGUUAAGUACUUCUUUGCUGAUUUUAUGAUAAAUUGUUUUGGUAUGUUUAUUCUUUUGAAAAUAUAAAUAUGGAGGUUUCUUGCACUCGGAAUACAAUUUUUACAAAGAUUUUUGCAAUAGAGGAGAAGCAGAAUUUGAGGAGAGGGUCUAGAUUUUACUAAUUGCUUCUUUAUAGUAGAUCAAAAGUUUAAAGGAAUGAACUUAAUGGUCUUUACCAAUUUAAUAAGGAAAGCUUUUUUUCCUACUUAAAACAUGAUUUUCUUUGGUCAACAGACAUAUUUAUAAUUAUCUGUUGGAAAAUACUGCAUUUAGUACAAAAACAGAUGAAAAAAAUCAGGAGGUGUGUACCAUUACCAUCUCAGUGAAAUAAGCCAAGAUUAAGGAAAUAAUUCUUUAAAAUAAUGUACUGAUAAUUAAGAUACACAUUUCUCUCAAGUAUUUUUCCUGAUUAAAUUUGUAGUUAUACUUGGAAGUGUUUUUUAAAUAUAUUAAAAUGUGACCUGCAU